AUGCAGAGCUGCGUACUUUCACGGCUUGCCUGCACCCCGGGCGUGAUGAUCAGACGAAUACUUGCAGCAACAUCGCCCGAGGAGAAGCUGCAAGUGGCUGCAAAUGCGGCUGAGGAGGAGAUCCUGCAAGCAUGGAAAAAGCUGGUGUUGCUGCUGCAUCCGGACAAGUUGCAACGAUUGGAUGACGAGUCUAAGAAGGAGGGUGCGGAUGCGUUGCAUGAGGUGCACGAAGCCAAAGAUGAGAUGCGCAGACGCCAGCAAGAGGCUUGCGCGCAGGUGCCUAUGCAGCCAAAAGCUGGAACUGCUCCUCGCUGCCUUGACGCCACACCAGGGGCAAGAAAGUAUGAAAUCAGCUGGACGCUGCCUGAUGUCCAGGAUCCAUCGGCACCGGUGGAAAAGUACGAGGUGUGGGGUCCACGGCACUGCACAGAACUUGGGGAGACACACGAUUGGGUGCUGCUGGCUGCCCUGCCGCCACUUCAGUCACAGUUCAUCAUCGUGGAGGAGGCACCAACUCAGCAGGAUGUUAUGUGGGCCGCUGAUCGAGUUCUCCGUCAGACCAUGUCGCUCACGGUUCAUGCGGUGAAUGGUAAAGGAAGCUCUGAGGCCCUGGCCUUUGAGCUUCCUUGGGCAGCUGCUUUCCCCUGGUUGGGAGGCAUGGGGUCCCUGGUUUGCAACCAAUGCUUCAG